AUGCUUGGUGAUUGUCAAGAAAGUGGUGGCCAUCAUUCUUGGGCACUGCCACUUGGGACUGAGAGGAAUAUUCUUAACAAGAACUUUGAGAGUCCUGUGCACAUUGCUGUCAGAACCGGUGAUUCAUUGAUGUUGGAAUUGCUAAUCAAGGAAGGGUGUGAUGUAAACUACUGUGAACCUGUGGGCAACGUGACGCCACUACAUAUGGCCAUUAAUAUGCAGCACAGCCCAGCACUCUUCAGCUGCCUGCUGAACCUUCUGCUGCAGGGAGGCUGCAUCCUCAACUGGCGAGCCUACAGCACGCUUGAGACACCCUUGUACCGCAGCCUUGACAUUGACCGAGAAGAUAUCUGCAAGAUGCUUUUAUCAAACGGUGCAAAUCCCAACCUUGCAUCACCUUUUGAUAUUACAGCACUACAAAAGGCGUGUCGCAGAGGCAAAACAUAUCUGGUUAACCUCAUGCUGAAUUGUGGUAUUAACUGGAAGCGCGAACGGUGGCUACAGUACUAUGCUGCCCAACAGGGGGAGGUAACUGAAUUCAAGGAGAUCAACAAGAUGCUGCGCAGAUGGAAGACUGAGGUUGUCUCCCUUCAAGCGCAGUGCCGCAUACAAAUUCGGAGGAUUUUGGAGGAGAACUUGAAACAGAAGUUGCAGUAUAUUCCAGUGCCCCAGAAAGUGCGUGAUUACAUUCUUUUGCAUGAUUUGCUAUGA